AUGACGGCAUCCCUCCAGAUAGAGGCCUCGGCAGCUCUCGCCUCCCUAGGCGGGCCCGCGUGGCAGAACAUCACCAUCAAGUCGCUGGCACAGGAGGUCGCAGUUCGCAUGGCGUCUAGUAUAUUCGGAGGGCAUGAGCUCGCCGAGUCUGAACAGUGGCUGCAGCUUUUCAAAACUUAUACAGACGAUCUCUACACCGCCAUGAAUCUUCUCGAGAGAUUCCCUCGCCCGCUUCGGAAACACAUCUACCGAUGCUUCAUGCACUCGUUUGUAGUGAAUCGAGAGCACCUGCGCCUGGUGAGAAGCCUGUCCUCUGGAGCCAGGUGCGACCGGUAUCUCUGCAAGAAAGAAUCGGUCGCGUCUGGGCAGGGUGUGCCUGAGUUCAUCGACGCCACAGCUUACAUCGUCGAAUGUCCUAAGACGUCGGGGCACAGUGUUGCCAACAUUCAGGCGACGUGUAUGGUCACGGUAAUCCACAUAAUGGAGGUUCUCCUUGAUCACGUCUUGCUCAAUCUCGCAAGGAACCCGAUUUAUAUCCAGCCUAUCCGAAACCAGAUUGUCGAUGCGCUUGAAGAUGCUGGCUGGCAGCCCGAAUCUCUUGACAUGAUGGACCUACUCGACAAGCAGAUCCAGGAUGCUCAGGAUGAUAUUGCUGGCAAGGGUCGCGGUCUGGUGGCCAAGGUGUGGAGCACAGUCUUGCCGAAGAAGAGCAUGGAAGAGCUGCUUCGAACUCAUGGAGGACACUUUGGCUUCGGUAAUGCUAAGUACGCUGAGCUAGGCAAACGAUGUGUCCAACGUUCGUGCUUGAAGAUCGCUCUCUGUCAUUUGCUGAUGAAAUACGAUUGGGAAGCGGUGGAUCCAGCCCUUGAAGAGGAAACUGUUCAAGAGAAGAGCACAGCCCCGGAGUUAACUCCUCUCGCCAAAGUCAUGAUUCGACUACGAGACUAUGUUGAGCUUGAUAUUGAUACUGUCUGA